AUGCUAUUUGAUCUAAUGGGGGUGCUGAUGAUCCGAAAUACCAGCAUGCAAAGCUCGGGGUUUGCUGCCGAUGCAUGGUGUUUAUACAUGAGGGAUUACAUCGAAGACGUGUCGGGUUCAGCAUGGAGAAUCUCCUCUCAGCAAGCACUUGCCGAUAUUUCAAAUACACCUGUCAAGACAGAUAAUCAAAGUCAAGUAGCACCGUCCGAGACUUCACUUGAAUUCCAUCCUGUAUACCUAUUUUACUGCAACGAAGAUCUUACCAACCUCGAUUUGAGUCAGCGAACAGAGCACGCCAAUUCAAGUAAUUCAGAGAUUACAUUCGAAGAUUACACGUUUGACGACGACGAACAUGUGCCGGAUGUCUAUCAGCAACAGUACGAAGAGGAAGAUGAUACGGUGUGUAAGCAUUGUGGGAUUGCAGAAACGGCAGACGAUAUCAACACGAUUUUCUUCUGCGAUGAAUGUAACGCGGGCGUGCAUAUGUUAUGUGAAGAUCCUCCUAUUUCAAAGUACGAAUUCGAUAUUGAUCCUUGGUAUUGUCGCGCGUGUUCCCGACGGAAAGGGCUUCCAUUGCCGCAACCACCCCUCAGUGAUUCUUUAGGAAUCAAACGAAAACAUGAAGAAACGUCCUAG